AGUCAAAGAUGUUGUUUCCAAGUCAAUUGAACCAUUUCUUGAACCCUCCUGAAGCUCCAGAUCCCUCGUGAAAGCCCCGCUAUCAUCGGCCGCCAGAGACAGCCCGCUAGUAAGCGUCCGCUCGAUUCUGACAUUGGGACCUAUGGACCCACCGAACCGGGUUAUCGAGGCCGCGAUUCCGGUCCAAGCUCCUCUAGGCACACUGGUCAACGGGAAUCAAGCAGCGAACAAGAACCAUUGAGUAACUCUGUGCUUGAUUCGGGCACCGCAGUCAAUUUUCAAUGACCCCAUAGCUGCCAUGGCGUACGAUUCUCGUGGAGAUCACGACAAAGGCUUUGGAGGGGGCGGCGGAUACGAUGGUGGCCCGCCUCGAGCACGAGGCCGACGCCCUGUUACUGACUAUGGCUCCACCAUUGUUCACUGGAUGAGGCAUCGGGAGCCAAGAUAUAAGGGGUCCUUCAAGGGAGAGCUCGAACGGCCCAGUCCAAGCUAUAUAGUUGAUAUGCUCCCACCGCUGGCAAGAGUUACCAACCCAGCUGAUUCCGUGCCCACUCGGCAUCUUCACUCAUCACUAAACAAGAUCAAGCACCCUAUUAAUGUUGUCCGCUGGACGCCGGAGGGGCGGAGGCUGCUCACCGCCUCCAGCAGUGGCGAGUUCACGCUCUGGAAUGGCACAGGCUUCAAUUUUGAGACUAUAAUGCAGGCACACGACUCAGCCAUACGUGCACUAGCCUACUCGCACAGCGAUGACUGGCUGGUAUCGGCGGACCAUGACGGAAUCAUCAAGUACUGGCAGCCAAAUUUCAACAACGUCGAGAGCAUCCGAGGACACCAUGACCCGAUCCGCGACCUUGCGUUCAGCCCGACGGAUGCCAAGUUCGUCACGGCUUCUGAUGAUUCAACAUUGAGGAUCUUCGACUUUGCAGGCGGCGUUGCCGAAUCAACCCUGACGGGACAUGGCUGGGACGCGAAGAGCUGUGAUUGGCAUCCAACCAAGGGCCUCAUCGUAUCCGGCUCAAAGGACCAUCUCGUUAAACUGUGGGAUCCAAGGACAGGGCGGUGCCUAACCACCCUCCAUGGCCAUAAGAACACGAUCACCAAGACACUCUUCGAACGAGUCCGGGGCAUGUGUCUGGCGACAUCUGCCAGGGACCAAACAGCUCGAGUCUUUGACCUGCGAAUGAUGCGCGAUAUCUGCUUGCUCAGGGGCCACGAAAAGGACAUAUCCACCGUGUCGUGGCAUCCGGUUCACUCUAACCUCCUCAGCACGGGGGGUUCUGAAGGCUCCUUAUUUCACUACCUCCUCGACGAACCCAAUACUCCGCCCGGCCAUUCGAUGACCAUUGCGCCAUACGACAGCUCGGAUCCAUCUAGCACCCCGGCGCAAGUGAUAUACCCCGCCCAUAAGGUGCCGCACGCCCAUGAUUUCGCUAUCUGGUCGUUAGACUGGCACCCCCUGGGACACAUAUUAGCGUCAGGAUCCAACGAUCGCAUCACGCGAUUCUGGUCUCGGGCAAGGCCUGGAGAGGCCGACUCAUUUAAUGAUCGGUACCAUAUCGGCGAAGCGGCUGCCGAGGCCCAGGGCACCUGGGAUCGAAGGGGUGGGCGCAGGCAGCGGCAGGAAGAGGAGGAGCAGGAGAUGGAGGAUGAGAUGGAUGGCUUGGUGGAUCAAAAGAUGCCCCUCAAACAGCCUGCCUCAUCCUUCCCAGGUAUUCCCGGCCUUCCUCUCCAACAGGGCACUCGCAGCUCUACAGGCGCCAUACCUCCUCCACCUAUUAUUCCAGGUGUCGGGGGCGCUCCUCCGCCGCCACUUCCGUUCCAUUUGCCUGGCUUCAAUGGCGCGCCACCGCCCCUGCCGGGUAUGGAUCCGAACAACCCACCAGACCUUGCGACCAUUGCAGAAAUGAUGAAGAAGGCCGGCCUGCCCCCACCUCCUCUCCCGGGUACUCUGCCACCGGGUGUGCUGCCGCCUGGGCUGAUACCACCACCCAACUUUUCCCUCCCUCCUGGAUUUCCCCCGCUGCCUGUUCCUCUGCCCGGUCACGAUAUGGACCAACAGGGGGGGGCGGGUAGGAGACGCGCCCCUCUCCCCAGCCAGGAGGAGAGCUUGAGGCAGGAGCAGGGGAAGGGACACUAUACGCGCGUCAGAUGAAGGGGCUCGAAGACUGUACGAUAU